AGUCGGCGUCAGAUCACGACUAGCAGGAGGGCAAGUGGCUCCCACAAAUAAGAAUUGAGAAGCACCCCCUAUCGUGAUGCUCGCGCCGAAUGAAUUCCCGCGUCUCGGCAGAAGAUGGCGCCCGCAGCGUUUCCAGUGCACCGAGUGACCGUUUUCACCCGCUCCCUAAAGUGGACUAUAUUAGUGAACUCAUGUAGGGAAUAGUGAAUGAGGGUAUAGUGGGCGAUUACGGACAUAGCCUUCGUUUCUCCUAUCACAAGCAUAGAUCAAACGUCAUAACGGCACCACGUGACCACACAGCGGAAACUGACAAAAGUGCCGAUGUGGGCGGAGCCUAAGUCAAGUGCACAACCUCUCAUUAUUUAUUUACGGUUCUAAAAUACUGAAGUAUGCAAAACUGAACGUUCUGUGACUGUGACCUGGAGAAAACACGCGUACACGGCUGUGAUGGCGUUCGUUGGUUUAUGUGGAGCUUUCAGGCGGUUUGUGGUCAGAACUGUGAAGAUCAGGAGGAUUCAUGAGCGCGUUUGGACUCAUCGGAUCAGAACAUCAGGCCGAGAAGCUUCAUUCAUUAUGGCUGUAACUCCACUGUCAUAUCUGAUGUAUAAAAGUGUAACUCAUUUCCCAGCAGUCUCUGCGCUGUACAAAGCUGAAGAAGUUUUAGAACAAGCCGACUAUCUGUACAGCUGCGGAGACACGCAGAAACUUCACCAGCUCCUCGUGCAGUAUAAAGACAGUGAUGAUGCGGAGUUUCUGUGGCGGUUGGCGCGAGCGGCGCGCGAUCUGUCGUUACUGGCGAGCAUCAGCGCCCACGAGAAGAAGCGACUCACGUACGAGGCCUUUGACUUCGCUAAAAAAGCCCUCGAGAAAAACGAGGCUUCGUUUGCGGCACACAAAUGGUUUGCCAUUUGCCUCAGUGACAUCGGUGAUUAUGAAGGAGUCAAAGUGAAAAUCGGAAAUUCCUACAUCAUCAGAGAUCAUCUGAAGCGAGCAGUUGAACUCAAUCCAAAAGACGCGACGUCCAUUCAUAUUCUGGGUUACUGGUGUUUUGCGUUUGCCGAAUUGCCGUGGUAUCAACGUAAAGUUGCAGCUGUGAUUUUUGCAUCACCGCCGACAGCCACCUAUGAAGAGGCUCUGGAGUUCUUCUUGAAGGCAGAGGAAGUCGACCCAAAUUUCUACAGCAAGAACCUGCUGAUGCUCGGAAAGACGUACAUGAUGCUGAGAGACGACGAGCGUGCGGCCACGUGGCUUCGGAAAGUUUGCGAUUUCCCCACGCUCACUGAAGAAGAUAAGCAGGUUCAUAAGGAAGCGCUGGACCUUCUGAAGAAACUCAAAGGAUGAGUCAGGACUUUUACAAGACGCCUAACAAAAAUCUAACCAACAGGAGAGAUUACGGCAGGCCCAGAUGCACGUCAUAUGCCCAUCCCCAACUAGAGAUUACGCCAGCUCCGGCUGAACAUACUGCCAUCCUCCUGCGAGAGCCUGCGGACCGACUGACCAUCCCAGCUCCAUCUCAGGCAAUUCCAUCACCAACCAAGAGAAAAGACGGACUACUUGUCACAUUAAUGCUAAAUUUACAAUACAUCACAUGACAGCAGUUUGAAGUUAAAGCUGCACUCAGUUACAUUAUGCUAUUAUUAUCUUCCCUGCUUAUAAUAUUCCUCUGUUGUCUGAUAUCAGUCACAAAAUUACACCUAAACAGUUUCAACAAAUGAAAUGUCCUAAAUCACAACUAAUAAGCUCUUCCUAUUCUUCAUAAACAUUUACUCAGUCACUUUUAAUGAAAGUCAGUGAGUGCAGCUGUGACACAUCAGAGGAGAUGUGGUCCUCCCGGCUGAGUCUGGUUUCUCCCAAGGUUUUUCCUCCAUUUAUUUCUCAUUGGAGUUUGGGUUCCUCGCCACAGGGCCGUGUUGGCUCGCUCACCGGGAGACCGCUGAUAUUAGAUAUUAUUUACUAGAAUGAUCUUACUUGCUCUAUAAACCCCAUGCACUGUGCUGUGUUUGACCUGUUCUGUGUUUUUCUGUUUUCUUAUUUUCUCCUGUAAGGCUGCUUUGGAACAAUGCACAUUGUGAAAAGUGCUAUACAUAUAAAAUACAAUUGAUUUGAAGUAUAAAGGUAUAGUUAGCAUCAAUUUUGUUUUCACUUUUGUAGUCACCGUUUUAUAGAAGCACACUUUAAAAGCAAUGCACCUAAAAACACGGGAUUAGUUGCCUAAAGAACCACUCUGCCAUUUGUUACCAAUAAAUACCAUGAACUGAUAACAAUAGUCAGGGCUCUAGACUAAUUUUUCCCACUGGUGUGACUCACUUUCUCAGUUGGUCGCACCAACUUACAAUUUGGUCGCACCCUUUCUUAUAGUAAUCAUAAUGAUGUUGAUGAAUCGGUCUGUUAAUUUGUCUUUUAAAAUAGUCGUCUAUAGACCGCUUCAUAUUCGCGCUUUAACACUUGUUUUAUUACCUAUGCACUGUGCGCGGUAGGGAGGGGCGAACGGAACCUGAUUGGUUAACAGGCAGGGUUAGUCCUGGGUAAAAAAUGGUCUUCGGUGGUGGGUGACGACCAUGGUCAUCCACAGUUAAAGGUACCCUACUCGUGAACCGCGAGCCCAAUAAAUCCAAAAUAAAUGCAAAGAAACAUUUGAUUUGUUAUUUUAUACAGUUGGUUAUAUUUAGCUUCAAGUUAUAUAUUGGCUAUGAAAUGACCAGACACAAAUAUAACCUGCCACUCUUCACAAUCCUCCUUUAUUGCCCUCUUUCGCCACGUGUCAAGGAGAGAGACAAUUGAUAAACCGACGUGUUCGACUUCAUUAAGCGCCCAGCAGAACGAUCGGAAUAUGACAUCAAUGUUCUGUGAGAGCAUCUUAAAAGCAUAUGGAGCCGUCUGUCCUGCGGUGUCUGCGCAACACUGAAUGAAGUCAAACACACACACACUUAAGUUUGGAGACAGAGGGAGUGCACGAGCUAAUAAAUCACAUUAAAUGUUCAAAUAAAUCUAACAAAUGCGACCGUGUGAAAUUUUACCUCGCACAUUAUAAAAAAUUAUUGCAUUUGCAACAAUUUUGGUGGUAGUCUAGAGCCCUGAUAGUUGUAUUUCUAAUUAUUAAUAGUUGUACUUUUAUUUCUUAAAAAUGUUUGAAUAAUGAAUUAACUAAUACCAAAUUUUUAAUAAAUGUAUUUGUAUCAUCUGCUUUCACAUUCAUUUUAACAAGCACAAAUCCCUCUAAUAAAUGUCACAAUCAGCUGCUGGGUCAUUAUCUAUCAGUGAGGAAUAUUUGAGCUUUUUUGCCAUUCACUCUGAUAAGCAGUUUAUCCGUCACUUCUGUGCAAGACUUUGAGUUCUUCUAAUGCCACAUGCAGAAUAAAAUGUUUUAAAUCAAAAUGAAAAUAGCAUGAGGAUCUAAAGUAUGCCUUCAUGGGUGUGAAGCAGUUUAUUCUGAGGUAAACAACUGCAUAGUGUGUUGAUGAGGCGAACAGAGUGAAAACUUUACAGUGGAUGGGAAACUGUAUUGAAUAGCUCCAGCGUCACAUUACGUAAACUCAAAAAAGAACUGCACAUGUGCAGAUGUCAUAGCACAUAGCAGUAAAUACACACACCUCACUCUCUUCUUCUGAAGUUCACUCCGCACUGCGAGGCCGUGGAUUGAAGAACACAGAGUAAAGACGGGCAGAGCCGAAGCCUGUCACUGUUGUCAUGUGUUUUAUGCGGGUUUUGCAGAUAUCAUAAUGAGCGUAGCGGGAGAGAGUGCGCAGCCAAGGGGGUUGUCGUAAUGUUGUUGCACAUUUUAUUUGGGUAACACUUUCUGAGUGUUUCAAUGGUCAGCCCUCGGGGGUCCCCUCAACAGCGAACCUGCCCCAUUGCUACGCCUCUGAUGACAGUAAUAAUCAUCAUAAGACAG